UCUGCGGCCAAUGAUUCUACAAAGACUUGGGAGAAUAUCUCAAUUAAUUGAAAUGUAAAGGGUUAUAAGCAUAAUUUCCCUUCAAUCAUUAGUUCCACAACAAGGCCACAAUUUUGAAUUGAAAUCCAUAAGGAAGAGAAAGGAGAGAGAAAGCGAAAGAGAGGGUAUGGAUAGCUGUUUUCAUUUUUCUUGGGAUAUUCUACCCACGUAAAUCUAAAACCCUAAAUUAUUCGCUCUCUCUUCCUCUCGGAUCAAAUAUGUUCCUGUAAACAGUUACUUCUUUGAAGCUGGAACCAUCUACUUGAGGGAGAAAAUGAGCAGCAGAAAGGAAGAAGAGCGAAAUGAGAAGAUAAUAAGAGGCCUCAUGAAGCUCCCACCCAAUCGCCGAUGUAUUAACUGCAACAGCUUGGGUCCUCAAUAUGUCUGUACAAAUUUCUGGACAUUUGUCUGCAUGACUUGCAGUGGAAUACACCGUGAGUUUACUCACCGUGUGAAGUCUGUAUCGAUGGCUAAGUUCACUUUCCAAGAAGUGGAAGCUCUUCAAAAUGGUGGUAAUCAGGUAAAUAUUGUUUGUUAUUCGUUUAUUAACUGCUUGUUCUCAUACUUUGUA